AUGAAGUUUGAUUUUUAUUACUUGUUUCAUAAUGUUGUAACAUGGAAAUUGCGGUUAGUAAGAAUAGCGUGCAGAGAAGAAAUGAUGAGCAGAGCAGGAGACUGGAACUGCAGGUCAUGCCAGCACCUCAACUUUCAGAGGCGCGAGUCUUGCCAACGUUGUGGGGAUUUAAAAGGUGGAGAGGGGAAGGAUUAUGGUGGUUUUGGAGGAUCACCAUCUGGGUUUGGUACUGAGUCAAAUGUUCGACCAGGUGACUGGUACUGUGAUGCAUCUAACUGUGCUGCUCAUAACUUUGCUAGCCGGACAAGCUGUUUCAACUGUGGUGCUUUCAAGAACGAGUUAGCUGCUGCUGACAGUUCAAGCUCAAGAACCUCUGGUGGUGCUGGGAGACCUGGAUGGAAGUCUGGUGAUUGGAUAUGCAACAGAUCAGGAUGCAAUGAACACAACUUCGCUAGCAGAGUGGAAUGUUUUAAAUGCUCUGCUCCAAGGGGCACGCACUAG